AUCCCGAGAUGAGCCUCACAGUUCGUGCAUCAGAUCUUUUUGGCCCCGCAAAAAGCUGGCCCUCCUUGUGCGUCCCUGAAACGAUCUUCAUGAGCACCAAAAGAUGGACUCAACCCACCGAACGUGUUGCAGAGUGUGCGCAGAUUCAGUAGACCACGUCAACGAUUCCCCCAAGAUCAGCUGAAACUCUUUCCUGCACUUUCUUCGGAUCCACGGGAUCGUGCGUGCGUAGCUUGUCACGUUGCAAAUCGAUUCCCUGCGAAGGGGUUGAUUCUUGCAGGAUCACUUUGCAGAUUGUGCUCGACUGAAGGGUUAUAUGUAGGCUUCGAAAUUUCCUUCUCGCGAUCUCUCUGUGCUCAACCAGCUCUGUCCGCUCCAGGCUUCACCAAGCUCUACUUCUCAAUCAGUUCAUUCCUUUUUAUUUUUUUGCCCAGUCACUCGCUCAGGCAGCCCUGUGACGACGCACUCUGCAAUCUUGUAGUCCAUUUUGAGCCAGUCUCAUAUCUAACUCCCGCCCUUCACAAUGAAAUUCACAUUUGCUGUGGUUGCUUGUGCUACGCUUGCAGUUGCAAGGCCAAUAUUGGAUGCUCCUGGCAAGCCAGGCCAGACAGUGAGCACAAAGAACAAGAGGCAGUUGGACGCACUGACUGGUCUCCUGGGGAGCAGUCAGGCUGGUGGCCAAGGAACAGACCCGCUCACCGGAGUCCUCGGUGAACUUGGCAAUCUUGGAGGUUUGCUCGGAGGUGGAACAACCGGAUCCUCGUCUUCGGGAACAUCUACCGGUGCCGGUGGCAAUAGCACCACUGGAGGCGGAAAGCAAGGGGCAGGCGGCUUGCUCCAAGGACUUUCAAUUCCAAAGGAAAAGCGAGAGCCGACCAAGACCAAACGUCUCCCGAAAGCUCAACUCGACGGCUUGACGGGUUUGCUAGGCGGCGGUGGCACUCAAGCCUCUAACGGAGCUGACCCCAUCGCCUCUUUGAUCAGUGGGCUAGGAGGGACCGGUAACGGUGGUAAUCUGCUCGGCGGCCUGCUUGGUGGUGGUGGUGGUGCAACACCCCAAGCCUCCAACGGAGCCAACCCACUGUCUGGAUUACUGAGCGGACUUGGAGGAUCUGGCGGCACAAAUACCCCGAGCGGUUUGCUGGGAGAUUUGACUGGCGGAGCUGGUCUGAAGGAGUGAGCAAUAUCUCUCCCCGUGCGAAGCCACAGAUUGUACAGAAGGGGCGGUCGAGAGGGUGACUUUCUACUACGUAGCACUUUGUGGUUUUUGAAAAAGGCAACAAUGCGUUACGACAGCCUUUGUGGGAUCGGUGGAGCAGUACGUCAAUACGUAGAAUACAGACAGCGGCGCUUGGCGAAGACAA